AUGGGCAAAGGCGACUCCCAGUCCGACAGUCAACAGCUCCUGCCAGUGGUUCUUAAAAACCGAGCACAACAAAACCCGCAGGGUGCCUGGGCUCAAUUUCCUGUGUCUGAUCAGACAUAUGCCUCUGGUCUUCAAACCGCGACAAACUGGCAGGUUAACCAUGCCGUUAACCGAGUGGCAUGGCUGUUAGAUGACUGGUUUGGAGCAAGCUCUGACUUUGAGACACUCGCAUAUAUCGGCCCGUUUGAUUUAAGAUAUUAUAUCAUUGUGAUCGCUGCUAUAAAAGUGGGAUAUAAAACAUUUUUACCGUCCCCCCGUAACAGCAAAGUCGCUCAAUUGCAUCUGAUCCAGCAGUUAAAAUGCACAAAACUGGUGACUGCAGAUCCUCAGCCCGCUGCGGUUAAUAUGGUGUUGGAAGAGCUUCCGAUGGCAACAGCUCAUAUCCCUUCUCUUCGAGAACUACUAAAUAAUCAUGACGAACAUGAUGAGAGAGAAUACCCAUAUGAAAAGUCCUAUGAUGAAGCGAAUGACGAACCAAUAUUUAUUCUCCAUACCUCUGGUUCAACUGGGAUCCCCAAACCAUUGAUAUACACACACCGGUUCAUCACUCGCACCGUCAAUGUGACAGCACUGGCCGCGCCAGUUGGGUUUCGAAGCGGCAAUGACAAUAUACGGACAGGACACUGGUUUACAUUUCUCGCUCCAUUCCAUAUCUCUGGCAUGGGCUUUGGACUGAUGGUUGCCGCUUUCAAUGACUGUGUCCCUGUAUUUCCGCUGCCCGGCCAGCCGCUGACGACAGCGCAGUUUGUCGACGCUGUCAAGCAUGUUGACAUGGACUGGGCAUUUGUUCUACCCUUUAUUCUUGAGGAUCUGAGCAAAGACCCCAUGGCGCUCGAGUUGGUCUCUCGCAAACUAAGCCAUUUGUAUUUUGCUGGCGGAAGCGUACCGCAAGCGGCUGGCAAUAUUGUUACUUCGAAGAUCCCGGUUUAUCAAACAACUGGUUCAAGUGAAAUGAGCUUGCUGAGCCAAAUCCAUUCCUUUGAGGGAAGCAGCAGCCGCUUGAGAGACGACUGGGCAUAUAUUCAUCUGCACCCAACACUUAAUGCGGAGUAUCGACACCACUAUGGAGAUUUGUAUGAGAUGGUAAUAGUUAAAAGUCCCGAGAGUGAAGAGUUUCAGCCCAUAUUUCUCCAUUUUCCGGAUCGAGAGGAGUAUGAAACUAGGGACCUCCUCAGUCCACAUCCAACUGUGCCCGGCAUGUGGCGGUAUCGUGGUCGUAAGGAUGAUAUUAUUGUUUUCUUGAACGGCGAAAAGACGAACCCAAUAUCUUUUGAACAAGAGGUUUCGAGACAUCCCGAGGUGCGUUCGGCAUUGGUGGCAGGCUCUCAGCGAUUUGAAGCAUGUUUGCUAGUUGAGCUUCACCAAGGAGAGUCACUCUCGAAGAAGGACCUGGAAAAGGUUGUCAAUAGCAUCUGGCCUGCUGUCCAGACAGCAAACAGUGAAUGCCCAGCUCAUGCGCGUGUUUCAAAAGCAAAUAUCCUUGUUGUAAACCCAUCAAAACCCAUGGCACGUGCGGCCAAAGGAACUGUUCAACGAGCAGCAACAUUAGCUCUUUACGAAGAGGAGAUUAACAAGCUCUAUGCUGAAAAGGAUUUUGAUAACUCAUUAUUAACCGGCGGUAGAUUCGCGGCAGUUGACAAGACAAACCUAGGUGCGGUGUCUAGAGCUGUACGAGAGCUUGUGUAUGAGCUGAUUUCUUUUCAUUGGGAAUGGACUCUCUUCACUACUAUCUAUAACAACCCGUCAGUCAAUUUGCUAUCCAAGGCAGCCAUGUCGCAGCCUAUCGACCAACCUCGGCGUACCGAGGCUAUCACUAGUCUAUUGCAACAUUAUGAGAAGCAGAUUGACAAUCUAACUGCUACCGCCGAAUCCGAUAGGCUUGGAUAUAAUAAAAACCAACCCAAUCCAAAUGAAGGGGCAGUCGUCGCUCUAACCGGCUCAACCGGGGCGGUUGGAUCAUAUAUCCUGCAAAAGCUGCUCCAAAGCGAUGGCGUCACGCAUGUGUACUGUCUCAACCGCGCAGCCGAUUCCAAGACCCUUCAACACGCGCGAAAUAUUCAACGACGCAUCAAAAUGGAAUUAUCAUGUAACCGAGUGACAUUUCUACAAGUAGAUCUGGCUCAGCCUAACUUUGCCAUCCACGACACUGAUCUGUAUCUUAAAAUGCAGAGAACCGUCACCCAUUUUAUCCAUAAUGCCUGGCCGGUCAAUUUCAACCAAACAUUGCAGUCUUUCCGACCAAGUUUGGAUGGGGUUUUGGGACUCAUCUCCUUUGCAGCACGAGCAAGCUGCUUAGUGUCCACUUUGUAUCUGUCUUCAAUCAGUGCCGUGUCAAACUAUCACCUCAUUGCCGGUACUGAGGAUGAUAAUAAUUUGAUCCCUGAGGAAAUCAUCGACAACCCCAUAUCCCCCGCGGCGAUGGGGUACGGUGAAAGUAAGUACUUAGCGGAGAGGAUCCUGGAUUAUGCGUCGGAAAAGUUACAGUUGAAAAAUUUUGGUAUUGCCCGAGUGGGACAGAUCGCAGGGACAUCUUCACCAGAGCAGGGUCCUGCUCACGGAUGGAAUCGCCACGAGUGGCUACCUAGUCUGGUCAUUAGCUCUCGAUAUCUCAAUGCUAUUCCGGAAUCACUUGGAUCCAAAAAAAAUGAAGAUGUGACAGGUGUCUUGGAUCGUAUUGAUUGGGUUCCUAUUGACCAUCUUGCAUCGCUACUUGUCGAGAUUUUGUUCAGUUCUGGGAUGGACGCUGAAGAUUCGCCGGGUGCUCGCGUUUUCCAUCCCAUUAAUCCUAAUUGGAUCAGCUGGCAAAGUCUAGUUCCGACCGUGGUGGCAGCAUUGAAGGAAACAUCAUUGACAGAGGAGAUCAAGGUGGUCAAGUAUGAGGAAUGGCUGGCCCUUCUUCAAUUCACUGCAACGGCCACAAAAGAUCUGGGUGAAAGCAGCAGUCAUAUACUCAGGGAAAAUCCCGCGGUCAAGCUGUUGGAAUUUUAUCAAAGUAUCGCCCUAAAUGCCGAUGCCAAACCAAAGCCCUUGGAGCUUACGCAGACGUUGGAGAAAUGCCCCUCGUUGCAAAAGUUGGGAGCCAUUCGGUCGGAAUGGCUUUGCGGAUGGAUCAAGGACUGGAUUCUUGUAAUGGAUUAG